GUGGUUCUGGCAAGAUAAUCAUGUUAGGAUGUUAAAAUUUUUAUAUUCCGCUGCUAUCCUUGCAUGGUUACCUAUCAGCCCUUGCUAUCAUGUCAAACACAUCCAACAACCUUUCCAACGAAGAACUUCUAGCUACCAAUGCCUCCCUCAAAGCCCAAGUAGAGUACUUGGGAAAAUAAGUUUCCGAACAUGGUGAACACCCCGGAGGAAAGCGAUGAAGAAGAAGAGGUUCCUCUCGAGGAUAACUCUAGUAACACCGCUAGAGGAGAGAAUUAUGAACGAGGAGCUAAUGAUUUCAAGGUUGACAUACCAACCUUUGAAGGAAAGAAUGAUCCCGACGACUUUCUAGAGUGGCUCAAGACUGUUGAGCGCGUCUUUGACUUCAAAGAUGUGCCCGAGGAGAAGAAUGUCAAAAUCGUGGCGAUGAAAUUCCGGAAGAACUCUACAAGGAUGAUGAAGAUUUCAAGGAGAUGUAUGCCCAAUGCUUAUCUCGGCCCCAUGGAGAUUACCCAAUCAAAGAUGGUUACCUCUUUCGUGAAGAAGAAGGAAGAACAAGUCACUCCCUUCCCCACGGCACUGAUGUCAACUCCAAGAGUCCCACCAAGUGAAGGGACAUGCCCAAGGAAUUGUGACACACCCUCCUCCAGCCAGCCGUCAAGCUCACAAAUGGAGAACUAUGAUGAGGAAUUUGCCAUGAUGGUCAAGCAAUUCCAGAAGUUCAAGAAGUUCUUCAAAAAGACUGACUCAGUUAGAAGGCCAUCCAAGGGAAAGCCACAGGUAAGUGACUCCCCUCCUGAAUCUUAUUUAUGCUAUAACUGCAGGAAACCUGGCCACUGGAAGUCAGCAUGCCCGUACCCAAAAGUGGAGAAGUACGGAGAAAGAGAAAGGAACGAGAAGAAAAAGAAGGCAAUGGUUGCUGCUGAAAGUGACGAGUCAUCCAGCUCAAGCUCAGAUGAAGAAGCCCUCGUCUGCAUGGAGCGCAGAGCUGAGAAGUCCAACCAUGAGGAUAGGUGGACUAUGUCAGAAGAUGACACUCUCUGCCUAAUGCCCAAAGAUGAUGCUGAACAAGAGGUAACUUCACAAACCUCAUGCUCAUCUUCUUAUGAAAGCAUACCAACUUCUGAAAAUCUUUUUGACCAGUUCAAAAAGAUGAUGGAAGAUUUUGAGGAAAUAAAUCUCAAACAUUCAUCCUUAACAGAGGAGAACAAACUAGUGAGUGAAGAGAAUCUCAAGUUGACUGAAGGUCGGAAAAGUCAACUGAAUGAGAUCACUCAACUCAAGAGUGAAAAUGAAUCUCUCUCUAAAAAGGUGAAAUCUCUUAGCAAAGAACUAGGUAUACUUAAGUCCAAAGAAGCAGUGGAUAAGCUUCUUGAAACAACCAACCAUAAGGGUCGUAAAGGACUUGGGUUUGACCCCUCUAGUUCCAAAAGGAAAGGGAGAACAACUUUCAUCCCUCCUAAACCUACUGCUAAACCAAAUAAGCAGAAAGGAAAGGAAAAGGAGAAACCAACAGAAGUUCCCAAAAAGGAAGCCGCUAAGUACCCAGGUGUCUGGUACUUAGACAGUGGCUGUUCAAGACACAUGAUGGGUGAUGCGAGCCUUUUGAGCAAUCUAAUUCCCUAUGAUGGUCCAAGAGUUACUUUUGGAGGAAGCAAUGAUUUUGGCCUUACUAAAGGGCUAGGAAAUCUGGUGUACAAGGGACUAACCAUCCAAGCUGUAUCUUAUGUUGAAGGUCUCAAUUAUAACCUUCUUAGCAUAAGUCAGUUUUGUGAUAAAGGUUACUCCUUGGAAUUCUGCAAGGACAUGGCAUCUCUCAAGAACAUCUCCACAAAUGAAGAAGCCGCUAAGUACCCAGGUGUCUGGUACUUAGACAGUGGCUGUUCAAGACACAUGACGGGUGAUGCGAGCCUUUUGAGCAAUCUAAUUCCCUAUGAUGGUCCAAGAGUUACUUUUGGAGGAAGCAAUGAUUUUGGCCUUACUAAAGGGCUAGGAAAUCUGGUGUACAAGGGACUAACCAUCCAAGCUGUAUCUUAUGUUGAAGGUCUCAAUUAUAACCUUCUUAGCAUAAGUCAGUUUUGUGAUAAAGGUUACUCCUUGGAAUUCUGCAAGGACAUGGCAUCUCUCAAGAACAUCUCUACAAAUGAAGUCAUUCUCACUAGGAAGAGAAUCAGAAACAUAUAUGAAGUAAUAUGGGAUGAUGUCAAGGACGCUUGUCUAAUCAGCAAAGUUGACAAGCCAUCAAAGCAUGAUCAUGAGGUUCUGGAUCUAUCAGACAAGGAUGAAGAAGUCAAUGAAGGAGAUAGAAUGAAGCCCACAGAGUUCAUUCCAUUCAGAAGUCUGCUUCUGAAGACUCACAGAGAAAUCCGGACUCAAAUAGAACUGAGCCUUCCGGAAAUCUUGGCCAGCCUUCCGAUAUUUCGGAUCUCUCAAACGGCGACAAUUCCGGAAAUGGCGACCCAGUGCCAAUCCAUCCGGAAACACCAACAACUUCUAAUUCUUCAGAUCUUUACUCAAAUUUCUGAGAAAAUGAAGGUUGUCGGCGCAAAUGUUCAUUUCCAGAAGUUGGAAGCCAAAUGCUCUUCAGCGGCGUUCUAUCAAAGCUAUCUGGAGAUGAUAGCAGCUCAAGAACUCUCCGAAUUUCUUCAAAUGGAGAUUCGCCUCAAAUUUGAAGAAGAAGUUCUUGAAUUCUACAGAAAUGGAGAGGUCAAGACUGCUCAUUCAAAGAAGGACCCAAAGAGGAUGAUUCAAGUCAUCAAAUCCACUGUUGGAGGUACCAAAGUGAAGCUUUCGCAGAAGAAAUUGGGAGAAAAGCUUCACCUUCCCAAUUCUGGAGUUGAAAUUGCGAUAUUUCUAGUCAAAAAUCUGGACUGGAACAUCAUUGGAAUUUCCAGGCAAAUUCCUUCUGGCCCAGCGAAGAAAGCAAACCUGAACAAUGACUACAAGUUAUUUUUGGAACUGGUCAUCGCAUGCCUUGAGUGUGGAAGUGGAGGUCAUGCUGAUGACAUCACCCAGGAGAGAGCCUUCAUCAUCAACGCUCUCAUUACCAAAUCUAAGGUAAAUUGGGCUGCACACUUCUUCAAAUCCAUCUCAAAACAUCUGGGAAAGCACAACCAGAAAUAUCUUUGUCAAGGUCUGUAUAUUGGACAUAUUUUGGAGUCUAUGGGUGCUGCUUCUAAAGGAAAGAAGUAUGAAGAAAGAUAUUGGUUAUACUAUCUGUCUUCAAAAGGGGAAAACAGAGCUGGUGCUAGUGCUACUGCUGAGGAAAGCUCUUCAGAUAAUGUCCCACUCAUCCAUCUGACAAAGACUGCCAAAAGGAAGCAUGUGGUGUCUCCCUCUCCAAGUGUUGAAGCACCACAGAACCUUGCUUUGAUCAAUUUGGAAGAAGAAGAAGAAGUCUCUGACCAAGGAGAACUUCAAAGAAAGAAGAAGAGGAAGAUCAACUCUCCAUCAACAUCUGGAAAUGUCAAUCCGGAUGAGUUGAAGGAGAAUGAACCAGCUGAGGAAACCACUGCCCAAAAUCGAAGUUCUCAACAACUUGAAGAAGAAGUUCCUCAAGCUCAAAGCCUUCCAGCCUCAUCUCAGCCUCAAUCAGAUGUUGCUGAAAACAAAUUCUGGCAGCUCUACUAUAAUUGGAGAGCUUGGAAAGUUGGAAAUUCAGCAGAGCAACUGUUGGAUUGGGAUCAACAACUGAAGAAUGAGAAGAUCAUCAAGAAAUGCCUAGGACUACCAUUCAACCACUGCUGUGAAGAUAUGUUGGAUGACUACUGGCUGACCUGGAAGCAACAGCAGAAGAGUUUCAAAUCUCCCCUACCGGCCCUUCCGGAUGAGAUACCGGAACUCUGGACAAAGAAGGUCCAAGGGCUGAUUGAAUCAGCCCUAGCAUCUCAACAUGCCUCCUUUAGGCAAGAGAUAGAGCAGAUGGAAGCCAGGUACACUCAGCUGAUAGAGAAAUCAGAAGAAAAACACAGCGCAGAUCUCAAGGAAAUAAGCAAAUCAGUAGAAAAGACUCUAGAGAUCAUCUCUCUCUUGAGUAAAACGGUGAGCAACACGAUGGAGAUAUAUGCCUCUAACAGUCAACUUCAACUCAAGGAGAUUAACAAAGUCAAAGAGCAAAUAGCGAGUGUCACAGUUGGUCUACAAAAGCAGAUGUCCCUUCUCCAAAUGGACAUCAGAUCAGCCCUAGCAGUAGCUUCAGCAAAUCAGGUAGUGACCAAAGACUACUUGAAGGUUAUCAUUGACAAUCAAAAGGAAGCAUUCAAGCUGUUCAGACUUAUUGGCGCAAAUUCUGGAAAUCGCAAGAUGGAAGUAAUUCUCCAACAACACAGUCCAUCUCCAAUACCACAGCUCCCCAUUGCAGUCAAAGAAGGAGAAGUCUUUUAUAUUCCUUCUCAUCUGAACAUGACAAAUCUAAUCCUUGAAGCACAACAAAGCAGUCCGGAGAAUUCAGCACAACAUCUAUCUAGCUCAGGACUAGAUGGAACAUAAGGGGGAAUGUAAUUCAGGGGGAACUUAACUAGUUUUUGGCUAACAAUUGUUUUUGGCAAUGAAUUAUUGAUGAGCUC